GAGCACGCUCCCGCGGAGGGCUCUUCCGGCCCCGCCCCCUGGCGUGGCGUGGCUAGAGAACCCCUCUCGGCCUCCCAGCUCCCGUUCCCGCUUCUCCCUUCUCGGCCUCCCCACCUCGCCUAGUGUCUCUGCGCCGCCAGACAGCCGGAAGCUCGGGUCUCAGAGGAGUGGCUUCGACCACCCUAGCCCAGCCCAGUCCAUCGGCCCGGCACACAGUAGGCGCCCAGCCGUGGCUGAUGAAUGAUGAGUCAAUGAAAUGAGAGUGGCCUAAGUUCAUUCAUUCGCUCUCCAGACAUUUAUUGGGCUCCUUUGGUGUGCCAGGUCCCGUAUCAGGAAGGUGAACCCUUGAGCCUCAGCGUCCGGCCAGACAAAUAAAUGGCACGUGGUAGCGGGUCAGCGAAAAGCCCAGUGCUGGACUGUGGGACAAAAUGGGAAGAGAGCAGCUGGCACUGCGGAGAUGAGAAGGGGCUGAGAUCAGACCGAGGGAAAGAGGGUGUGAAAUGCUGGGCGUCGUCAGGAAACUCCUAGCGUGCAUCAACAGGCCCUACAGGGAGUACCUGACUGGCUUCCACAAGCGGAAGGUCGAGCGGAAGAAGGCAGCCAUUGAGGAGAUUAAGCAGCGGCUAAAAGAGGAGCAGAGGAAGCUUCGGGAGGAGCGCCACCAGGAAUACUUGAAGAUGCUGGCAGAGAGAGAAGAGGCGCUGGAGGAGGCAGAUGAGCUAGACCGGUUGGUGACAGCAAAGACGGAGUCGGUGCAGUAUGACCACCCCAACCACACAGUCACCGUGACCACCAUCAGUGACCUGGACCUCUCAGGGGCCCGGCUGCUCGGGCUGACCCCAACUGAGGGAGGGUCUGGAGACGGGUCUGAGGAGGCGGCGUCAUCCAUGGAGAAGCCAACCAAAGCCUUGCCCAGGAAGUCCAGAGACCCCCUGCUCUCUCAGCGGAUCUCCGCUCUCACAGCCUCACUGCAUGCACACAGCCGCAGAAAGGUCAAGAGGAAACAUCCCCAGCGGACCCAGGACUCCAAGAAGCCCCCAAGGGCCACUCGUACCAGCAAGGCCCAGCGCCGCCGUCUGACAGGCAAAGCGCGGCACAGCGGCGAGUGAGACCAAGAACCAAGCGGUGGCCCAGCCUAGGCUGCGAGGACCUGUCCUUUCUCAGCUUGGCUGUCCCUGUAGCCCAGCCUGCACCUAGGUAAUGACUGCACAGCUCAAGGUUGGGAAGCCAGGAUCUAUCUGGCCUGGGGCCGGCUGCCUUUGCCUGGGGUUUGAAUUCCAGAAGGAGCAGGCAGCGGAGAGCAGGCCUCCCCCAGGAAGAGCCUUCAGAGCCAUGCUGGGGCAUCUUCCCAAAUGUGCACCCCACCUGGCACUCAUCAGAUUUCUGGAACUCAGAGAUUUGUGUGCUUGUGAUUUGUUUGUCCGUGAUGCCACGCACACGGCAGGUUUCUGCGGUGGUGGAAAUGGUCGGGGCCCAUGGGUCUGUCUCCAGCAGUUUGCCCUGUGGCUACAAUAAAGUACAGUUCUCCCUGUGUUGUGUUU